CGAUCAGUUCUUUGGUGGACCUCCUGGUCGUUAGUCGCGUUUUAGUAAGAGUCAAAGUGAUUUUCAAUUUUCAAAUUUCAAAGAUGGCAAAAUUUGUGGCGCUGAUCAAUUUUUCUCCGAUGACCUAUCGAGUACUUACCCUAGCUUAUGUCGUUCUGAGCAUAACUGGAUCGAUUCUACUGCUAGUGUACCGGAAAGAUUUGGUGGAAUAUUGCAACGUCAAAGAGUUCAUUUCUGAUGAGACCAUGCGCAAAGCUGUGUUCAUUUUUGGUCAAUUUUGGGUUAUUUCCAAUUGGUCCCUCCUGUACGGUAUUUCAAACCAAAAAGAGCUUUAUGUGAAACUUCAUCUCUACUACACGAUUGUAGUUUUCAUCGGAUUUGCAGUGACCUUAGUAUUGAUCGCCUUUAUGGUUCUAAGCGCAAUGGUUGGAAUAAUGGACAAGGAAAAUGCUGACUUAAUAAACAUGUUCGGGGCGUCGAUGAUGGUAACUUUGGGACUGACAUUUUUGCUUACAAUUGGUAUUGGCAUAUUGACAUUGGUCAUUGCAAUGAUCAACCUUACACUCAUGGGAGUCGUUGUGACGUUCAUACCAAUUGAAGAAGCAGCUAAAGUGGUGAAAGAAGGCGAUGACCAACAAACCAAACUACUGAAGUCAGAGGACGUUCUGAAAGAGAAGGAAUGCAUCGCCUAAACCAGGUGCGUUGUUUUGCGAAGUAGACUAUUCAUAAGUCAGAAAUACUGAAUAUAACUCGAGUCCAUUUCAA